CGCCAUCAUGAUCCGGCUCAUCCAUUGCGGUGAAUGGAAGUUCCACGAGUUUGAUCUUUGCAAUUUGCCUAGUUAUGCCAUUUUAUCACACAGGUGGUUCAAUGAUGCAGGUGGGAAUCCAGAAGAGGUGACUUAUCAUGAUUUUCUGGCGCGGUUAAACAACAUUAAACAAGGCAAAGCACGGAGCUGGGCAAAAGUCGAGAAGGCUAGGGAUAUCGCCUGGGGGCUCAAUAUCAGAUGGAUAUGGAUCGACAACUGCUGCAUCAAUAAAAAGGAUGCACCAGAACUCUCGGAAGCAAUCAGCUCUAUGUAUCAAUGGUACGCACAGUCACAGGUCUGCAUUGCGUACUUGAACGAUAUGGAUAGGUCCGAACUUGGUCCUUCAUGGUUUUUCAGAGGGUGGACGCUGCAAGAGCUAAUUGCCCCAUCCCAAGUCCUAUUUUACAAUAAGAGUUGGCGAUACUGUGGGAGCCGGAAUGGGUAUAGAAUUGAAGACGCAUACGAUAUAGCCACAGAUCUUAGUAGCACAAUCUCUAAGAUUUCAGGGAUUGAGAGGGAUCUUCUGAAACUAAACGACAAUCAUCGAAUUAAACGCUGCUUACUUUCUAUUCCAGCUUGUCAGAAGAUGUCAUGGGCGGCUAAGAGGGAAACAGCCAAAAAAGAAGAUAUGGCAUACUGUCUAAUAGGGAUAUUCGGUAUUAAUCAUAUGUACCCGAAGUACGGAGAAGGGGGGAAUGCAUUCAUCCGGCUUCAAGAAGAGAUCGUCAAGCAAACCAGUGAUCUGACCCUGUUCGCUUGGGUAGUAAAGGACCUUAAUAAGUGCGACCCUGACAACCUCUUGACGUACGACGAUAUCAAUGGCAGUGAUGAUAUUGAGCAUGACGAUCGUGUCUUCAAAUUCCAUCAGGCCCUCCAUGGGAUCUUCGCCUGUCACCCACGCGAAUUUUCAUCAGCUAAUAACGUCAAACCUAUACAACACGUCAUGUAUAAUGAUGAAAUUACAGUUACCAGUAAAGGCCUCAAAUUCACUACCGCUCUGUGGGGGACGGGACCAGAUUCUCUAUUUGCUAUGCCUUUUUAUUGUUACGAUCAAACUCCUUCCUGCCCACUGGGGAUCCAUAUGAGAUGGGUCGGGGGCGACAUUUAUGCCAGAACAAAUGUCACAAACACGAUUUAUCUGCCAACGGAACAAGCUCCUCCUCCGAGCCAGGACGACAUUUUUGCUACGCAUAAAAUAUACUACUUUUAAGACUGCCUCCGUGUCCUCCAUAGAAAUUCUAUACGCAUUCCUAAAUUUAUUUACAGCGAAAAUGGGAUAAUAAAAGCUAGAUAACUGGAAAGGAC